AUGAAUAGAGAAGAUCAAUUAAUUCAAGAAAUAAAGAAUUUAAACAAAACAAUUGAAGAUCAAAAGAUCAAGAUAAGUGAGGUGAAUAUAAAUCAGUUACAAAAAAAUGAAGAGAUUAAUGAUUUAAAUGCUAAAUUAAAUUUACUAAUGCGUGAAAACAUCGAACUAAAAAAAUUCAAAAGUUUAUCUGAAAAUAAACUUCAAUCACAGAAACGGAGAUUUGAAGUUGAAUUAAGAAAAAAAGAUGUGUUUAUUCAUGAAUUUAAAUCAGGAUCGACACAAGAUAAAAAACAAAUGCUUAAUGAUCAUCUAAAUUAUUAUAAAACUCAAAAUAGUAUUUUAAUGAGAUUUGUUGAUCUGUUAAGUAAACAAGUGAAUAUAGAUUGUGACAUAUUGAAAGGGUUGUGUUCAAUUUGUGAAUCAGUUAACGAUCCUUUUCUUGAAAAUUUUAUAAAUAAAAUUGUAGUAACUCUGUUUCUACAAAGGAUUCGUUUUAAAAAAAAAAUUUUUUAA